AAAGCUUCAAUUCACUCGCAUGGCAACCACAUAACACAUCUGUGCCGUAUGCACGGCUGUUACCUCAGAUACUCACGCCGCUGCAAUGUCGACCAAGGCUGCACUCAAAGCAGCGAAAGCCGCGAUUGGCGCAAAAGAUUGGGAGGAAGCGAAGAACCACGCAACGGCCGUAAUCGAAAAGGAGCCCAACAACAACUUUGCCUAUCUAUUCCUCGGACGCGCAAAUGACGGUUUGAGCCGGUUCGAAGAGGCAGCGAAGGCGUAUUAUGAGGCAACCAAGAUCAAGCCAGAAGACCCGCAGGCAUGGCUGGGGUUGAGGGGCAUGUAUGAGGGCCUGAAGGGCGCAAAGGUUGACGAGAACAUUGAUGUCGGCCUUCAAUUAGCGCAGAUAUAUAUGAAUCUUGACGAUGCGCACAAGUCACAAUCUGCAAUCGACAAACUCGUAGAUCACGCACGCGCACAUGGGACCAAGACGCAGUAUGCCCGCGCCCUUGGCACUCAGCUUCCUUCCUCUCCGGUAUACGACUACCUCGAAGGCCGAUUGCCUGAUCCGUCAAAGACGUAUACACGUGUUGCUGAAAUCCACGAGACACAAGAAGCGGCGACCAUCAAGCGUCUUGUAGACGAGCGCCGGCUCCGUAUCGGCGCGACGCUGGGAGGCACAACCGCGACUGUCAAGAAUGAUAUAUACGCGGCGAGUCCGCUAGAGAGCAUAUAUGAGGAAAUCAUAAACUGGACAAGAGACGAUGAGCUUAGAAGAGAAUACGAGGAAAAGCUGCUGGCGCGCGCAUACGACACAUUGAUGGUGCUGCCAGCGGGCGAGAAAGCAGAGAAGCGGGAGAAGGUCAUGAAGCUGGCACACGACAUGGUGGUUAUCAAGCAUCCGAACUUGCUGGCAUGGACCAUCGAAUUGGAAUGGCGGUCGGGCUUGGAGGUAGAGGCGCAUUGAGGUCUCCGCGAUGCACGACGAAUUUGCGGUGAAUCUAUCAUAGUUUCAUAUAGUUAACUAUUACCCAAUUCUUCCA